UUGGAGCCCUCGUGGACGGGGAGGAUGCUUGCACUGGCAUGAGGGUAGCUGCUGGGGUGUUGCGGUGGACGGAUGCUUGGGACCAGAGAUCCAGAAAAGCAAAGCCUCGUGGGCCGAGAUCAGCUUUUGAAGUGAUUGAGAAAAGGUAAAGACAACACAUUCCGCUGUCUGAGGAGGAGGGUAGCACACAGCCGAAUAAAUGCAGUAUCUAAAUUUCAAAGAGGACUGCAAUGCCAUGGCGUUUUGUGCAAAAAUGAGGAGCUACAAGAAUAAUGAGGUCAAUCUGGAUGUGCUGGAGCCUGGGGUGGAGGUGGUGUUCUAUCUGCCCGAUAGGAAACCCCUCCACUUGCUCAGUGGGGACUAUACCGUGGAAGACCUGUGCAUCCGAGCCGCUCAGGAGUGCUGCAUCUCUCCACUCUGCCACAACCUCUUUGCCCUGUACGAUGAGAAGACCAAGCUGUGGUACGCCCCGAAUCACUGCAUCAAGAUUGAAGACAAAACGUCGCUGAGGCUGCAUUAUCGAAUGAGAUUCUAUUUCACCAACUGGCAUGGGACCAAUGAGAAUGAGCAGUCAGUGUGGAGACACUCCCCAAAGAAGCAAAAGAAUGGCUACGAAAGGAGACGGGUCCUGGAUGCCACGCCCCUCCUCGAUGCCAAUUCACUGGAGUAUCUGUUUGCUCAGGGACAAUAUGAUUUAGUGAAGUGCUUGGCUCCUGUGCGAGACCCAAAGACCGAUCAGGAAGUUCACGAGAUUGAAAAUGAAUGUCUGGGGAUGGCAGUGCUGGCCAUAUCCCAUUACGCCAUGAUGAAUAAUAUACAACUUCCAGACCUGCCAAAGGAUGUCAGUUACAAGCGAUAUAUUCCAGAAACACUGAACAGGACCAUCAGACAAAGGAAUCUCUUAACCAGAAUACGAAUAAAUAAUGUUUUCAAGGAUUUCCUUAAGGAAUUUAACAAUAAGACCAUUUGCGACAGUAGCGUGACUCCUCAUGAUCUAAAGGUGAAAUAUCUGUCGACCUUGGAGACUCUAACCAAACAUUAUGGAGCCGAAAUUUUUGAGACUUCGCUCUUGUUAAUUUCAUCUGAAAAUGAAAUGAAUAGAUUAAACUCAAAAGACUGUGGGAACGUCAUACGCUAUGAAGUGAUGGUGACUGGAAAUCUUGGAAUACAGUGGAGGCAAAAACCAAAU